GGAGGUUCGCUCAGCCUGGGCCCGUUCCGGGCCGGCUGGUGACGGGGGGCGGCUCAGGAGGGCGUCGACGCCUGGGUGCAGCCGCUCCAGAGUCCUCAGGCUCACCAAUAGGAUCAUCCUACCACCAUCAUGUCUUGGUUUGCUGAUCUUGCUGGGAAGGCAGAAGAUCUCUUAAACCGAGUUGAUCAAGGAGCUGCAACAGCUCUUAGAAAAGAAAACAUCAGCAACGCCAUCUAUAACAAAAAUAUCGACUACCCUGAACUUCACCAGCAAAAUACAGAGUUGACUUAUCAGACUGGAUCUAAAGCUCCUUACAUUUCCUCAGCAGCUGAGACCAUCAGAAGCCAGAAGGCCACCAUCUUAGCUGGCACUGCACACGUGAAAGCAGGCUCGAGGACCCCAGCGGAGGCCUCCCAUUCUGCUGAAACUGCAUCUGUUCCCAGGCCUUCAUCCCAGUUUGUUCGAAGAAAAAAGUCAGAACCUGAUGAUGAGCUGCUAUUUAAUUUUCUUAAUAGUUCACAGAAGGAGCCUUCUGGGAAGGUGGAAAUCAACAAAGAAAGGGGCAAGGCACCUGCACAGAGUUCUCGGACAUCCAGUGUCAGUUCUGUGAACACCAAUGUGACCACCAUCAAAACCAAUGAAGAAAAUUCUUCGGAGAGCCAAAGCCAUGUAGCCUCUAAUAAUUCAGAUGCUGGCCCUGAAGACCAAUUGGAUUCUUCAAAGGAAAAGGCAUCAUCAGGUGGUACCUCCACUGACCACACCCCAACAUCUAAUGACAACGGCAAGUCACACGAGCUGUCUAACCUUCGGCUGGAGAAUCAGCUGCUGAGGAAUGAAGUUCAGUCUUUAAAUCAAGAAAUGGCCUCCUUACUUCAAAGGUCCAAGGAGACUCAAGAAGAAUUAAACAAAGCAAGAGCAAGAAUUGAAAAGUGGACUGUUGACCAUUCCAAGAGUGAUCGGAUGACGAGAGAACUCCGAGCCCAGGUUGAUGAUCUGACUGAGGCGUUGGCUGCCAAGGACUCCCAGUUGGCUGUACUGAAAGUGCGGUUACAAGAAGCUGAUCAGCUACUGAAUACCCGAACGGAAGUGCUAGAAGCUUUACAGAGUGAAAAAUCACGAAUAAUGCAGGAUCACACUGAAGGUAGUAGCUUACAGAAUCAAGCUCUGCAAACUCUUCAGGAGAGACUGCAUGAAGCUGAUGCCAUGCUGAAGAGAGAGCAGGAGAGCUACAAGCAAAUGCAGAGUGAGUUUGCUGCGCGCCUUAAUAAAAUGGAAGUGGAACGUCAGAAUUUGGCAGAAGCGGUUACUCUGGCAGAAAGGAAGUACUCGGAUGAAAAGAAGAGAGUCGAUGAGCUCCAGCAGCAAGUCAAAAUGCAUAAGUCCAACCUGGAGUCCUCCAAGCAGGAAUUAAUCGACUACAAGCAAAAAGCAACUCGAAUACUCCAGUCUAAAGAAAAAUUGAUUAACAGCUUAAAGGAAGGCUCCGGUUUUGAAGGCCUAGACAGCAGUGCUGCCAGCAGCAUGGAGCUAGAGGAACUUCGACACGAGAAGGAGAUGCAGAGGGAAGAGAUUCAGAAGCUGCUGGGCCACAUCCACCAGCUGCGGUCUGAACUACAGGAUGUGGAGGCUCAACAAGCUCAUGAAGCAGAAGCAGCGAGGGAGCAGUUACAAGACCUACAAGACCAAAUAGCUCAGCACAGAGCAUCUAAACAAGAACUCGAGGCAGAGCUGGACCGGCAGAAGCAGGAAUUCCACUACAUAGAAGAAGACCUGUAUCGGACAAAGAACACACUGCAAAGCAGAAUUAAAGAUCGAGAAGAAGAAAUUCAGAAACUCAGGAAUCAGCUGACCAAUAAAACCUUGAGCAAUAGCAGCCAGUCCGAGUUAGAGAACCGACUCCACCAGCUGACGGAGACCCUCAUCCAGAAGCAGACCAUGCUGGAGAGCCUCAGCACAGAAAAGAACUCCCUGGUCUUCCAGCUGGAGCGCCUCGAGCAGCAGACGAACUCUGCCUCCGGGAGCAGCAGUAACGGCUCCUCCAUCAACAUGGCUGCGGUCGACAGUGGCGAAGGCACACGUCUGCGAAACGUCCCUGUUCUUUUUAAUGACACAGAAACUAACCUGGCAGGGAUGUAUGGCAAGGUCCGCAAAGCUGCGAGUUCAAUCGACCAAUUCAGCAUCCGCCUGGGCAUCUUUCUCCGGAGAUACCCCAUCGCACGGGUCUUUGUGAUCAUAUACAUGGCUUUGCUUCAUCUCUGGGUCAUGAUUGUUCUGUUGACUUACACUCCAGAAAUGCACCAUGAUCAACCACGUGGCAAAUGAAC